AUGCGGCCUUCGACCGCCUGUCUUGCUUGCAGGAAUCGACGCAGAAAAUGUGAGCUCGCUGGACCCGAGCCGCCGUGCGCGUGGUGUAAAGAACGUGGUCUGCCAUGUUCACUUGCUGAGGACGUGAAGCUCUAUCACCCGAAGGGCCAGCUGAGCCAGCCCUCACUCGACUCAUCAUUAGCUCGGAGCGUCGGGCCUCAUCGAGACCAGACAACAACCGAUGCUGUCCAACUCCCCUCGGCUGCUCUUUGCAUUGAGCUGGUUGAGUUGUAUUUCAAAUACAUUCACGACCUCUUCCACUCUUUGUUUCAUCGGCCCAGUGUUCUGGAGGACGUCGCGGACGGGUCCAUGCCCGAAGUUCUCCUGUUCGCAAUCAUCAGCUUGUCCGCGCGGUUUUCCAACGAUGCUCUUUUCUCCGACAUCGAUCCACGUGUGCGAGGUCGGCCGUACGGAGCAAAGGCGCAGUCCCUACUUAAUCUGCGCGAUGUCUCUCUGACGACGGUCCAGGCCUGUGUGCUUCUGGGUGCUUUCUACGUCACCGAGGGAGAACCCGCCACCGAGGCCGUCUACUACAGCAUCGCCAGCCGGAAUGCGCUGCUGCUGGACCUCCCGCACAAUGCCGACCGAUUGUCACCUCUUGAUCAAGAGAUCAAUCGACGCGUGUGGUGGUCGUUGUGCAUGAUUGACGUCUGGUCCUCGAACGGGCUCCGGCUUCCACGAAAUCUGCCGCCGAACAACUCGGACGACGUCCCGUACCCGAUCGAGGAGACGAUCUUCCUGCGCAUGAGGCGCCGCGGCCGUGGUCGUGAUGAUGACGACGGACACGACGACCCUAGAGGCAGCAGCCCGCCAUCGACGUUGAUCGGCGGUCGGAAUUGCUCAUCCUCGCUGUUGACGCAGAUGGUCAAGCUCAACGCCAUUCUCGUGCAGAUCAGCCUGCUCAAUCAGAGCGCCGCGGCGGCGGCGGCGGCGAGUCCGCGGUUCCAACACAACAUCAUCCUCAACCAACAGGACACCGUCGACGAACUCUCGAACGCGCUCGACAAGUGGUACGAGGACCUGCCCCCGGAGCUGCGCGACACGCAGGCGAACCUCGACCACUAUGCGGCUCUCGGGCUCGGCCCCAUGUUCGUCGCCGUCUACCUGGGGUACUACCACUACGGCGUGCUACUGUUCUACCAGUACCUGCAUGCAGAUUCGCACGACGACGAGCACCCGUCGGCCUAUUAUCGCUACGCGCUCAGGUGCAAGGAAUACGCCAUCGGUCUCUGCGAGAUCCUGUACCGGGCCUACUCGACGCCCGGCUGCGACGUCUACUACACGAUGGUCGGCCACGUGUUGGUCAUCGCUUCGACCACCCAGCUCCACAUCCUCCUGUUCGACUCGGACGAGUCGCAGAUCCGCGCCGCCCGUCGGCGCCUCGAGAAGAACUUUUCCAUCCUGACGCGCCUGCAGGCCUACUGGCCCAGCCUGGACGUCUGCUACGGCAGAUUCGGCGACUUCCACAGGGCUUGCCUCAAGUACAAGGAGACUUCGUUCCAGAUGGACAAGUGGAUGUUGCGGUUUCUGUUCGACUUUGCGAAACCCAUAGGCGAAAGGAAUCCCGCCGGUGCCUUGGCCGAACUCGUACCCUGGUCUACUCGAGACUUGGGCUUCGGUGGUAACCUCCAGGAUGCCAGCCCUGAAAGCCUAUUUUGA